AUGCCCGAUUGGAACCUCGACUGCAACACUAGCCUGAUGAGAUCAGGAACCGCCGACUGCGAAUACGAGGACAUCUUCAUCUGGCUGAGCGGUCUCGCUCGUGGUGUGGUCGAUGCGCAGUACAUGUGCGACGAGUGCUGCUACUUCGGCGACGCCUGCUGGCACUUCUUUAACAUCACUGGUAUCACGGAGGCCGCGUACUGCGCGCACCUUACUGCCUUUCACUGCACCUCCGAGGCGGAGAAGCCCAUGAAUAUCUUUCGCAGGGUCCGCGCUUGGCAGAUACGCCAGGGGAUGUAG